AAAAUACCACGUGACAUCUUCCAUUCGCCUCUCACUUGAAAGGUACUUAAAGAGUUGCAUCCAUGUAAAAUCUUUCAUUGCGAGUCGUGCCGUCCUACCUGCAGGGGUAAGCCAUGUACUGGAAGUUGACUUUACUAGUUUUGGCCUCGGUAUUCCCGCCUGAUUUUGGACGAGCUCAGCAAGGAUGCUCUAACAUUCCUAACAGUCUUCGCUUCGACUGCUACCCGGAAGGUGAAGCAAACGAACAAUCUUGUGUGAACCGUGGAUGUUGCUGGGCCAAACCAGUCAUUGAGGAGGAAAACGUACAUGUACCCCUCGAUAUACCAUAUUGCUUUUAUCCAAACGACUAUGGUUAUCAGGUUGUGAACAAGCAGACGACUCCAACUGGAUAUCUGCUAAGUCUCACGAAGAGAGGACAUCCGGGACCGUAUGGAAGAGAAAUCGAAAAUUUGGCGGUGGAUGUUCGCUUCGAGACUAAAGAUCGACUUCAUUUCAAGGUUUAUGACCCAAAUAACAAAAGAUAUGAGGUUCCUAUUACAACACCAAAAGUUGAAACAGAGGCAACCUCACUGGACUAUUCUGUUACUGUCACUAACUUUCCAUUUGGGAUUGCUGUUACUAGAAAAUCUUCAGGAACUGUUGUUUUCAACAGCUCAGUUGGAGGAAUGACAUAUGAGGACCAGUUCCUUCAGAUGUCUUCUCUGUUGCCAUCAGAUGUUUUAUAUGGUUUGGGUGAACAUUCUGCUCCACUGUUACUUGAUGUCAAGUGGCACAGGGGAUCACUGUUUGCAAGAGAUGUGGCAACACCUGAGGGGUUCAAUUACAAUCUAUAUGGUGUUCAUCCGUUUUAUGUUUCAUUGGAAAGAGAUGGAAACGCCAAUGGAGUCUUUCUUUUGAACAGUAAUGCUAUGGACAUUGUUCUUCAGCCUACACCUGCCAUAACAUUCAGGACAAUUGGAGGAAAAUUGGACUUUUACAUUUUCCUUGGGCCUACCCCAGAUCUAGUCGUCCAGCAGUAUACAGAAGUUGUAGGAAGACCAACCAUGCCACCAUAUUGGGGUCUUGGAUUUCACCUUUGUCGCUGGGGAUAUGGGAGUUUAAAUGGCACUGAAACAGUGAAUGCAAACAUGAGGAGGUAUGGGAUUCCACAGGAUGUCCAAUGGAAUGAUAUCGAAUAUAUGGACAGACACUUGGAUUUCACUGUGGAUCAAAGCAAAUGGGGUGGGCUUGGAGAUUUUGUGAAGAAAUUACAUGAAAACUAUCAUCAACACUACAUACCUAUUGUGGAUCCAGGUAUAAGUUGUGAACAACCCGCAGGCCAGUAUCGACCUUAUGACAUUGGACUCAGCAUGGGCGUGUUUGUCAACUCAUCCAGUGGCGAACCUAUGAUUGGCAAGGUGUGGCCGGGCCAAACUGUCUUUCCAGACUUCACUUACUCAGUAACGCAGGCCUACUGGGAUCAGAUGUUGGCCGACUUCAGGGAACUCGUAGAAUUUGACGGACUUUGGAUCGAUAUGAAUGAGCCAUCAAAUUUCGUUGAUGGUUCAUCUAAGGGAUGUCCAGACACUUCCCUGGAUAAUCCACCCUAUGUGCCUCACGUGUUAGGAGGCACUCUCAGAGGCAAGACCCUCUGUAUGUCAGCAAAACAUCACGACCAUUCUCAUUAUGACGUGCAUAGUUUGUAUGGACUCACAGAAGCGAAAAACACAAUGAGUGCGUUGGAGAAGGUCCGUGGGAAGCGGAGUAUUGUGAUUUCACGUUCAACAUUUCCUAGCGCGGGUCUUCAUGGAGGACACUGGUUGGGCGACAACACUGCCACAUUCAAUGAUUUGUAUCUCUCUAUACCAGGAAUAUUAAACUUUAAUUUGUUCGGUGUUCCCCUGGUCGGAGCAGAUAUUUGCGGGUUUAACGGAAACACCAACAAAGACCUAUGUGGAAGAUGGAUGCAACUUGGAGCUUUCUAUCCGUUCUCGAGAAACCACAACACCAUCAAUGCCAAUCCUCAGGACCCCGCUGCUUUUGGAGACGACUUUGCUCAUAUGGCACGUGAUGUGUUACUUAUCCGUUAUGCAUUGUUGCCGUAUUUGUACACGUUAUUUGCGCAUUCGCACAUGCGAGGAAGUGCUGUGGCUAGGCCUCUUUUUUACGAAUUUCCAAGUGACAGUCAGACAUAUGCUAUUGACAAGCAGUUCCUCCUUGGUCCGGCCUUGCUAGUAACACCCGUUUUAACACAGGUAGGCGCACGUUGGGUUUAUUGUGCUGCAAACAGUGGCUUUCUUUCGGCNUUUUUUUUUUUUUUCUAUCGGAGAAGCACCUUAAGCUUGGUCUUAGUGCUGGAAAACAAAAGCCGCGAUUAUAUGUUUUUAAUUUGUAUUCUUAUUAAAUCUAGACCAGGGGCAGUUUAUUGUGUUGCCUCGCUAACCGUGCUAACCGGAGCAGCUGAGGGUUCCCCCUAA